ACCAUAGACUAUCAUCCAAAUUUAUAAUAACAACGUACUGUUUCAACAACAAUUCAAAUAACUGAUCUUACAAAUGUACAACAAGUUAUUUGGCAAAGAUAAUCCAAACAACCUUAUGUGAGAUCUGUUCCUCAAAAUGGGUUAAUAUAGCUCAAUUAACUCAUUAUAGUUGGGCCAAAUUAAUCCAUCAAAAUGAUCAUCCAAAGCAGCCCUUAAUCUUCAGCUCUGGCGCUCGCUCUCCCCUCCUUUUUUUACUCUUCCAUUUGCUUCCGUCGUGUGACUGUGUGAGCAAGACAAUCACUCAGCUUGGGACUUGCGCUCCUAACUCUCACUCACACUCUCUCUCUCUCUGUUCCACUGUAAGUUCGUGUUACCAUUUUCCAGAUUUUGCAGCUUCAUUUGCUUCGGUUCCUCCUCGCCGUGCCGACUGUUUGCAUUUUUCCGCUUCUCUCCUUGAUCAGUUUUAGGGUUUCUGUGUUGUUGAUUCCCGACCCACAUUGCUGUUUUCUCUUCUCUGCAAAAGGGAAAAUUGGAGCUGAACCCAGAGGCCUCCACUUAAGUUACCUGCAUGUGAUUUUUCAUGGGUGGGGAAUGGGAUCUUUUUCCAAUUUGAAUUUACCUCUGGGUUGCAGUAGUGUUGCAUGGGCAAGUUCUUUACUUUUCAUGUUUAUCGAACUUGGGUCUCUGAUUGUUUUUCAGUUGGUUCCCCUCCCAAUUUUAACAUCGAAGGUUCAACUUGGACUGAGUGAACACCGAGGUUAAGUUUUCGUUUUUCUUCAUUACUGGUGGUGCUAGGGAGGCAGUGAGGGAUCUCUCUUUGGACAAUCAACCAUGCCGCCGAAUCCCAGAGUGGUUGAGGUCUUCCGGACAAUGAGAGAGAUCGGAUUCAAGGAUGAAGUAGUGAAGCCUGUAUUGAAAAGGCUUCUGAAGCUGUACGAUAAGAAGAUCGAAUUGAUUGAAGAAGACAACUACCGGGUUCUUCUGGACGCUCUACUUGAGGAUCAGGAGGGAUCGGGAAACAAACAAACCGUUGAUGAGGCAACCUUUGAUGAAGAUAUUCAGGAUGAAGAACCUCCUCCGCAACCGCUAAAACGGCUACGUCCAUUGCGCAUAAGAGACCAAGAAGGAACGGUGUCCCCUUCAUCAGGAAACCAUAGCCCCCAAACCAAUGGAACUUUGCUAGAGCAGUCAGAACUGGAGGAUAGAGAUCCAACUUCCACAAAUUCCAUGCAGACAAAUAUAUCUCCUCAACAUCCUGAUGCAAGUACAGGCAGCCAGCCAUUGUCUGCACAGAGAAGUUCAUCUCAGCAACAAGUAACUGACAGAAUUGCAAAUAAAGGGAAAGAGCCUAUGUCAUCACAGGUUCCUGCUAGAGACAAGAGGCCCCUUGAUUUAGGAGAGAAAUCCAUACGUAUUGAUUCUCCACGAAAGCGAAAAGUGCCUGAUGCCAAUGCCCUGAUAGUACCUAAAGAUGAGCCAGUCACCGAGGAGAUGCCUCUCAACGAGCGUCCUCUUGCAGUAAUAGGGCCCGAUUAUAUCGAUGGUAAUAAUGCUGACCAUGGAGACCAGACUAGCAAGCCCUCUUCUAACUUGGAAAUCGCUUCAUCCCCUUUAGGAGAGGAAAGGGGGGUAACCAAUGAAACACAUUCAGAUGAUAUGUCGAGGAAUUCUGGUGCUUCGAAUGCACUUUGUCUUGUGGGUACUGAUGUAAAUAAAGGGGCGCCAUCUGAUUCAUCCAAUCAAUCUGUUGAUCCAGAGCUUCAAGCUCCCAGCUUGGUCCAUUCCCUUGAUAACCAUGUGAUCCCCAACGGCGGCGAUGUAAAUGGCUUUGGAACAAGAUUAGGAGACUCUGAAUCUUGCAGCUUACCAGUUGUUCCACGAUAUCAGACUGGUUGUGAUGAGUUAAGGUCUCUUCAUGACUUAAAUGACAUUACUAAGGGAGAAGAAGUCGUUGAGAUUCCAUGGGUUAAUGAAGUCAACAAUGAGUGCCCACCAUCCUUCCACUACAUACCGGGAAACCUUGUAUUUCAAAAUGCUCGUGUCAAGUUCACUCUUUCUCAGAUCACGGCAGAUCAUUGUUGUGCUUCUUGUGUUGGGAAUUGCCUUUCUUCAUCAUCUCCUUGUGUUUGUGUUGCUGAAACUCUGUAUGGGUUUGCAUACACACCAGAUGGUCUUCUAAAGGAGGACUUUCUGAAAGAAUGCAUCUCCAUGACUCGGGAUCCUCAGCUACAAUGCCUAUCCUAUUGCACGGAUUGCCCAUUGGAGAGAUCCAGAAAUGAAGAAAUGUUAGAGCCAUGCAAAGGUCACCUGAACAGGAAAUUUAUAAAAGAGUGUUGGAGAAAGUGUGGAUGCCAUAAGCAGUGUGGUAAUAGAGUAGUACAACGAGGUAUAAGACGCAAGUUGCAGGUUUUCUUCACAACUGAUGGAAAGGGGUGGGGGCUUAAGACCCUGGAGAAGCUGCCCAAAGGUGCAUUCAUUUGUGAAUACAUUGGAGAAAUUCUGACCAUCAAAGAAGGGCACGAGAGAACAAUGCAAAACUCAACAAUUACCAAGGCUGAGAAUCCGCCUUCAGUUCCGUUAGAUGCUUAUUGGAACUUGAAAGGGGCUCUAAAGGAUGAUGAGUAUCUUUGUUUGGAUGCUUCGGACUAUGGUAAUGUUGCCAGGUUUAUAAACCACAGGUGCCUUGAUGCCAAUCUAAUUGAGAUCCCCGUCAAGAUAGAAACUCCGGACCAUCACUAUUAUCACCUAGCCUUCUUCACAACAAGAGAGGUGGAUGCCUUGGAAGAGUUGACUUGGGAUUAUGGUAUCGACUUUGAUGACAAUGAUCAACCAUUCAAGAAUUUUCAGUGCAAGUGUGGCAGCAAGUUCUGCAGGAACAUGCAGCGAACAAACAGAUCUAGGCAUCUGGCCAGCUGAACAUGGGACGAGAAACGGUCAUUUUGCAAGCCUUCUUCCUCGGGGCUGAGAUGGUAACCUCUAGUUUUGCGCUAACCCUUGUAAGAAAGCCAUCCGUUUUCCAGACUUCUGUACGAAUUUAGGACAUUAUAUAGCCAUUCAAAUCUUGUUUGGUUAUGCAAUCUGUGCAGUCGGCAUUCCUCAGGCCUGUCCAUUACGUGUUUUGUUACUCUGAACAGGGUCCUCUGAAGUAGAUUCUUGUUAGAAUUUUAAACGACUAGUUACUUGCGAUAAAAAUAAUUAACCAAU